AUGUCUUCACCACAACAACGACUGUCCUCUGUCGCAAACCAGCUGUCUCCCCCCGGGACAUCGGCUGCGAAGCAACGGAUUUUGGCUAAGAAUGCCGAUGACGUGGUGAUCACCUAUCUCGCCCGGACACCGCUCACCAAAGCUCGCAAGGGCGGAUUGAAGGAUACCACCAUCGAUAACCUGCUGAUCUCACUGCUCACGACCGUGCGCGAAAAGUCCAACGUUGACCCCAACCUCAUCGAAGAUGUCUGCGUGGGUAACUGCCUUGCCCCCGGCGCCGCAUACCUCGCCCGUUCCGCCGUUCUGGCCGCUGGGUAUCCCGCGACUGCUGCCACCUCCGUGACCAACCGCUUCUGCUCCUCGGGCCUGCUGGCUAUCCAGAAUAUCGCCAACCAGAUCACCUCCGGCUCCAUCGAUGUGGGUAUCGCCGUCGGCGCAGAGAGCAUGAGCACCAAUUCCGACGGUGGCUCUCCCGAAAUGGCCGAGCGCAUCAACAAGCACCCGCUCGCAUCGCAGAACUACCAGCCCAUGGGGUGGACCUCGGAGAACGUGGCGGGAGACUUUAACAUCUCGCGCGAGCAGCACGAUCAGUUCGCGGCCAAGAGCUAUCAAAAGGCCGAGCACGCGCAGAAAGCGGGCUGGUUCAAUGACGAGAUCAUUCCCAUCGCGACUCAGAUCAAGGAUCCCAAGACGGGCGAGGUCAAGGAUGUAGUUGUGGAUCGGGAUGAUGGUAUUCGCUAUGGCACGACUGCCGAGAGCCUCGGCAAGAUUCGCGCUGCUUUCCCGCAAUGGAAGCCCAGCGCAACGACUGGCGGUAAUGCCAGUCAGAUCACCGAUGGUGCUGCGGCUCUGGUCCUGAUGAAGCGCUCCAAGGCGCAGCAGCUGGGUCUGCCCAUUAUUGGCAAGUUCUGUGGUGCCACUGUUGCGGGCCUGGAACCGCGCAUCAUGGGUAUCGGUCCUUCUAUUGCCAUUCCCAAGAUUUUGGGCAAGUUUGGCCUGAACAAGGAUGAGAUUGAUAUCUUUGAGAUCAAUGAGGCUUUCGCCUCGAUGGGUGUUUAUUGUGUUGGCAAAUUGGGUCUGGACGAGUCCAAGGUGAACCCGCGUGGAGGUGCCAUUGCUUUCGGUCAUCCUCUCGGUGCAACCGGCGCCCGCCAGGUCGUCACUGCGCUGGCCGAGUUGCGUCGCCAGGACAAGCGUAUCGCGGUGACAUCGAUGUGUGUUGGAACCGGUAUGGGAAUGGCCGGUAUCUUCGUCUCCGAGCAUUAG